AUGGAUGCCCUAAAAGAAAAAGUCUUUCAGUUUGGAAUAUAUGGGUGUGCACUUGCACUCAUGGGCAAUAAUGAGUUAGAACGCAUAGUUGAUGAGUCUUGGGUUGAGAUUGUAGACAAAGACUGCAUAGAAAGACUGAAGAAGGAGUUUACAACAGAAUGCUUGAGGAAUACAUCAAACAGAGCAAUGAUGAUAGAACACAAACAUGAAGAUUUAGUUGUAAGAAUGGGUACUCUGGCUUGGAAGGAUUACCUUACAUCUGGGACAUUCAACUUCACUUCGAAGGAAUACUUCUUGAUAAUGGAUCUUCUCAUAACCUUGAAGGAAUAUGUUGAUAAUGUUGGAAUGAGGAAGCUAGAGCUUGAUCCAAAGAAAAGCCAUUAUUGCAUUAACAGGCUUGCAUCAAAAGGAUUUAUUGAAUACAAGCUUGCAGAAGGAGAGGAAAAGAAAAACUUCAUAUACAAGGUUCGUGUGGUUAUUGAUGAAAAUGGGGCUGUUACUCGCUGUACAUCAAAAAAUAAGAAAGAUGCAUGCAUACCUGACAGUGAUGGAAAAAAACAUAUGUUUGAAUACAGAAUGGAGCUUGGGCUGUAUGACAAUAUUCGAGAAAUGAUAGUCAGGAAGCGAGGUGGGAUAAUCACCGAGGAUUUGAAAGAGAGACUUGGAAUUAGCUCAAAGAUUGGAUACAAACUUCUGAACAAGAUAUUCAAUAAAGAAAAGGACAUGAUACGGAGUAGAGAGUUUGAAGGUAGAGUUAGGCGAUACAGGUACUGCUUAACAGAUUCAGAAGAAUACAUUAAACAACAAGAGGAGGAGAGUUCAGCAGUACACAUGACAUCUGAGAGGAGGAUUGAUGCAAUAAAGAAGCUGAUGGCAUUGAGUCCGAUUCUGCAAUUGGAUAGACAAACGUAUGAAAAGCUACAGGAAAUGACGGGAUGGAAGUAUGAGUUUGAUAGACGAACGAUAAUCAGAGCGGCUAUUCUUGCAGGGUUUAAGAUAUACAAAAAGAAAGGAAAAGAUAGUAAAUGCAGUAGAUAUGUGAUUGCAAGGAACGAAUGUAUUGAGUCAGAGAUACGAGUACAGGAUGCCUUAGAUACAGGCAACGAAGAGAGUAUGACUGAAUUCCAAAGAAGAGUUUACAACAUCUUUGUGAACUCACCUAAGUUUGUGGAGAUGGACAAUGGAUAUGUUGCAGUAAAGAGCGAGAGAUUGAGAAUGAUCCAUGAGUUUUUAUUAAACCAAAUGAUAUUGAAUGGAGAUGAACAGCUAGUAUUUGGAUGGGAUGUUAUAAAGCAAAUGAAAGUAAGUCUGUUGUUAUCUGUAAUUCCAUUUAAUCGAAUUGGAUUAAGAGAAUCUCUUUGCAAUGUGCUUAUAAGUGAGAGAAGCAAAACAGAUGUAAAUGUGAUUGAUAAGGAAGUAGUUAAUGGGUUACUUGAAAAGACAAGUGUUGGUGAAAUAAUGGAGAUGAAGCAUUCGCUAGGUAUUAAGAAGUUAGUCAGACUGAAAACAGGAGUAGGUAAUUUUGUAUCGUUGCUAAAGAACUUGAAGGAGUGUGGAAUGAUUGAUGCAGAGAUAUCAUGUGAAGGCAUUGUGAUUCGAAGAUUUAGAAGUUGCAUUGAAGUAGAUACAAUAGGAACCGAUAUAAAAAAGCAGAGAGGAUGUACUCGGCAUGUUUGCUUUGAAAAAAGGAGGAUUUUUUUUGAGAAGAUGUGUUUGGUUGAUGAAGGAAUGUUUUAUGAUGAGGCUUAUAAGUAUAUCUACAGUAUGUUUAAUGGUGAAGAGCUUGAUGCAAUGAUAGACAAGCUGAAGGUAUUUAAGAGCGAUGAGUCUGACGAUGGAAAACAAAGCUCGUUUGAAAGGCUUUACAUGGGAUUCAAGAAGAACAUUAUUGAGAGUGGAUGGCUAGGGACGAUUGAUUUCAGCAUAAACUCUGUUUCUGAGGUCAAGAAGGUUCUGAAAGCGCUUUCCAGAGACAAAAUAAUAGCAAAUUACAAGAGUGUGAGAAGAACAGAAUUUGUAACACCACAUGAAAGCUUUGCAAGAGCGAUGACGAAAAGACACGAUGUUUUCCGAUUUAAGGGAUAUCACGAGCACAAGGGAAUAGGAUACUUCUCACACUACUUUGACCUGGUGUAUUAUACACUGGCGACUUCUGGAUCGCUUGAGAUUGGCGAGCUGCUUUCCCGAGUGAAGUUUCUGGCAACCUUUGAGAUCGAGUUGUUUCUGUGUGAAUACAGAAGUGUUUUUAAGACGAAUGUGCUGAAUGGAGCAAGGAUAGUCUCGUUAGGAAUAUUCAUGGAUCCGUUUGAAUGA